AUGGGCACCUGCCGCCCUGCAAGCACUCCUUUGGCGGCAGGGCUUGCUGGAACACUGCCCUUCCAUGCCAAUGAUGCCAUGACAGGAGUGAGAGCCAAGACCGGCGGUGUAGCGGAGACCAGUGCCUACAGUGCCAGGCGAGGAGAUGCGGUGCAUGUAGCCAGUCCACGCGACCCCGCCACCACCACCACCACCAACCCGGCGGCGGCGGCAGCACCAGGCAGCGGCGGCGGCGGCGGCAACAGGCCCAGCGGCACCGCGCCCUGCACCUCCUCGCCCCCCACCAGUGCCAAAAGUGUCGGUGGAGUGAGUGCCAGUGAAUACACAUGGGGGCCGGGAGGGGGCGACGGGGGGCGAGGGGGACAUGGCCUGGGCGCCUCCCCCGCCACCAGCAGGAGGGGCGAGGGUGGCAGGCAGAGCAGGAUGGACGCCACCUCCUUCAGGCUGAGGGUCAGGAAGGGCGGCGGCGAGGGCGUCACCAAGAAGGGCCCUAUGGUGGCGAAGCAUCCCUCCACCUCCCCCUCCUCCUCUUCCACCACCUCCUCCCCCACCACCACAACCACCACCACUACUACCAGUCCGUCCUCCACCUCCGCCGCCGCCACCACCACCGCCACCACCACUGCCUUCUCCACUUCUACAACCAUUGGCGGAAAAGAAGUGAGGUCACCAGUGGGCCCAGGACCGCCCGGACUGGGCAGUCACCGGCGGCGGCCAGGCUCCCCCGACCCCCGAGCACACGCCAGGACCCGUGCCGCCCACCGGGACUCCCCCAGGACCUCCCCAAAGACCUCCCCGCGCUCCUCUCCGAAGUCCUCCCCAGUGAGGCAGGUGCACCGAGAGCGGUCGGUCAGCCCGCGACGGUAUGUGCCGCGGGGCGGGGGCGUGGGCGGGCGUGGCCCCGGCACGCGGGUCACGCCCUCGCCGCCCAACAAGCGCGCCACGCCGCCCACCUCCCCAAGGCGCGGCGCGGCCCCUUCCCCCGGGGCGCGGCGCCCCGCAUCCCCCACCAGCAGCAGCCAGCGGCCUCCAUCCCCGGGAUCGCGCCGGCCUCCCUCGCCGCGGGGCACGUCUCCUCGUGGGCGCGGCACGUCGCCGGGGUCCCGCGGCCCGCCCAUCAGUGAGGAGGCGCUACGGGCCAGGGUGCGGCGCGCCCUCAACGCGCGGCUGUACCUGCUGCACCAGCCCGGCCCCAACUCCUUCACGGUGGGCGGCGACUCCCCCACACACAAGUACAAAGUCAUCAUUGGACCCCAGACCUGCUCCUGUGGCCACGGUCCCUACUGUGUCCACGUGAUGUUUGUGAUGGUGCGUGUGCUGCAGGUAGGCGAGGCGAACCCUGUGCUGCUGGCUGGCACUCUCAAGGACUAUGAGAUCGAGCAACUGAUGGGAGCCUACCAGGAGCGAAGGAAGAAAGCUGCGAUGUCACGAGAGAGACGACAGGGAGGGGGCAGUGGGGGUGUUGGAGGGGGUGUAGCAGGGGGCAGUAGUGGGGGGCGGCACAGUCCUUCCAACACCCCCACUGGAACCCCCUCCCCCCACUCCGAUUCUUCUGCUGGGGAGGAAGAGUCACAGUGCCCUAUCUGCCUGAUGUGCAUGGUGGAGGGGGAGAGCCUGGUGGCAUGUGAGGCGGGAUGCAGGAACCAGCUUCACCACCACUGCAUGGCCGUCUGGGCUGCUGACCGCCAUGCACAGGGCCAGCCUCUCCUGUGUCCCCUGUGCCGCGCCCCCUGGCCCCUCAAGCACCACCCACGCCUGGCCCCUGCCCCACCCACAGCCAUGCGCCCUCCCCCCACUACCUCAGCCCCUGCCGCCCCCACGCAGGACUUUGCCUCCGUCAUGAGCGCCAGUUUCUCCGGAGUGUUGAGCAGCAGCAGCCGCCACAGCCCAGCAGGCAGCCCCUCCAUCAUGUCCCGCUCCCUGUCCUCCGCCUACCCUUCCACCACCAUCACCACCCCCACCCCCUACCAUCCCACCCCACACUCCCCCUUCGUUGACUCAGCCUACUCUUCUCCUGGUGGGGGCAUGGCUUACCCACCCACUGUCAGAGGGGAGGUGUCAGCGGCGGCGGUGGUGAGUGCCUCACAGGAAGCCGUGCCGCUGCCACGCAGUGAGCCCAUCCCAGAGGAGCACGAAUCCACAGCAGCCAACUGGGUGCACGUGUUCGGCAAGGAGCUGGUGGCCUGCCUCUUCUCCCGGGACUGGGUCGUCAGGGAGACCGGACUGCGCAGGCUGGCACAUGAGGUGGUGAAAGUGCUGCACUGGGAUCGGCUGGUGACGGGGGAGGAGAAGCGGCAGCUGGUGAUCCACUGCUGUGCCAACAUCCUGGCCCAGGUGGCCAACGACCCGGUUUACAAGGUGUACCUGGCCUGCCUGGCCUGCCUGCGAGUACUGCUGGCCCACCUCAGCCCCUGCCCUGGCAGCCAGGUGGCAGCGUUGCAGGAGCUGCUGCGGCCACUGGUGCACACGUUGCUGCUCAAGUGUGCCGACGGCAACCGCCGCACCUCCCAGAUCAGCGUGGACUCCAUCCUAGAGCUGUCCCGCGGCCAGGAGGGAGAGCUGGCCCUGGCCACCCAGACAGCUUGCCCCACGCCGGGUCUGGGUGGCAUCUCCUUCGUGCUCUCCUGCAUCCUGGACGACACGCCGCCGUCCGAGGCGCCGUGGCAGUGGCUGCUGGGCCGCCUGUGUGUGCUGGACCGCCUGCUGGACAAGUUCCCCUCUGAGUUCCAGCUGCAGUACAUGCCACUGCAGGCUGGUGUGGAGAGUGGCUACAAGCUGGAGCACUACGACCGCCUGGUGACAGUGGUGGAGUUUGCCUUCAAGGCGCUGGGCAGCAGCCACGCCACCGUCAGCAAGCUGGCGCGCCGUGUCUACAUCUGCGGCGCACGCUUCGCUGCGGCAGAGCCAGCCGUGUUCUAUCAGGUGUGUGACAUGCUCACCAAGCUGGACGUGUUGCUGCAGACAAGGCUCAAGCGGCGCUUGCAGUCCAUGCAGGGUCAGCACGGCGACCGCAAGCUGUCCGCGGCACGCCUGGAGGGCAAACUGAGCCUGGGCACUUGGGACCUAGCAGACGGCUCUGGGCCACGCCUGGUGCGUUCCGUGUCCCACUCCCCCUCCAGGAUGCUCUCUGCUCUGCGCUCCUCCUCCCAGUCCCCAGCGCGCCAGCCGCUGCUUUCCGCCUCAGCCAAGAAGGAGGCUGCUAAGGUGCCACCUGGCCCAACCUCCUCCCCCCCACGGCCCACACACCUGCCCCUCGACUGCUUUGAGGUCAACUUCAAGAAGAAGCAGGCCAAGCUGCGGCUGUGCCAGAAGAUGAAAAAACAUGAUGUCCCCUUCAUGGUACACAAUGUGCUGGUGUCCCCCAUGCAGCAGCAGCAGCACCAACGCUUGAGCUCUGCCAAGGCGGCCGGCGUGCUGCACAAGAGUGGCCUCUCCCAGAGCCAGGGUGAUGCUCUGGAUGUGUCCCCACAAACACCCAUUGCCUCUGUGGUGCCGCCAAAAUUCUCUUUCAAGGACGUGGUGAGCACCCCCACCACUCCGAAGGGCUGGUGGGGCUGCACCCCCAUCAGGGAGGCGCAGGCCAGCCAGUCCUCCUGGGCACCCUACGAGACACCCCUGCCAGUCAUCCCAGGCCUGGAGCUGCUGCCGCCCCACCUCGACGAGUCACUACACCCUCAGGAACAGAAUGUGGAGGGUGGACAGUACGAGGAGGGGCGGGACUGGAUACUGGGGCCAAAGCUGGGCACAGGGGCAUUCUCCUCCUGCUACCAGGCAAGGGACGUGCGCACAGGCACCCUCAUGGCCGUCAAGCAGGUGUCCUUCAGCCGCAACGAUGAGGAGGAGCAGGAGCGAGUGGAGGCUUCUAUAGAGCAGGAGAUCCUCAUCAUGUCCCGCCUGCGUCACUGCAACAUUGUGAGGCUGCUGGGGGCGUCACGACACUCCACCUCCUUCUCCGUCUUCACUGAGUGGAUGGCUGGAGGGUCUGUGGCCAUGAUGCUGGACAAGUAUGGCAUCUUCUCAGAGGAGGUGAUUCUCAAGUACACUCGGCAAGUGCUGGAAGGCCUGGCGUACCUUCACGAUAACAAGAUACUGCACCGAGACCUCAAGGGUGCAAAUCUUUUGGUAGACAGCACAGGCCAGUGGCUGAGGAUUGGUGACUUUGGGACAGCUGCCCGCAUGGCCAGCAAGUCCACAGUGACAGGAGAGUUCCAGGGGCAACUGCGGGGCACCAUCGCCUUCAUGGCUCCGGAGGUGCUGCGUGGGGAGGACUACGGCCGCUCCUGUGACAUGUGGAGUGUUGGCUGCUGCGUCAUUGAGAUGGCCACCACCAAGCCACCCUGGGAGGCCGACUAUGUCUCCAAUGAGCUCAAGCUCAUGUACAAGAUUGCCAGCAGCAACGGGCCACCUCCUGUGCCAGAGACGCUGUCGGCGGUCACCCGGGACCUGGCACUGCGGUGCCUGGAGAUCAAGAGUGAGAACAGACCACCAGCCAAGGAGCUGAUCCACCACCAGUGCUUCAAGACACAGCCGCCCUGACCCCCAGCCUCCCCUCACACCAAACACUUCCCUUCAGGAACAUUCACAAAUAACUGAACUAAAGUUAAAUCUGCCAUAAAUUGUCUUUAUUGGCAUUUUCAAAAUUUUAAGUGGUUUAAUCUCUGCGACAAAUGGUUAAUUUCUGAAGUUGUGACUAGAUGGUCAGAGUGGGCGUGAAAGAAGCACCAGCCAGUGUGGCAGCCACUCCCCUUCACGGGAACAUCGCAGCAAAAGUGCCUCCAGCUGUCAUUGGCAGAUUCAUUAAAUUAUUUCAUAUUGUAAUGCUUGAGGAACCAAUGCUGUUUUCUACAUUUUUACCUCCUGUCUUAAAAGCCAAUAGUACAAAUCUUGACUAGGUUACUACCAGCAUCUUGGAUUUUCUUUAUUUAUCGAGGAAGUUCCUCUCAAGUUUAGGUGUUCAGGCGUGAGCUGGCAUUGCAGGUAUAGUGUUUGGGUAGGGAUGCCCAGCUCCCAGUGUGUAGCAAGGCUGUGCACGUCGGCGUGGGUGACAGGCAGCCACCUUCAGGGACACACAACACUCACAACUUAACCAUUUUGGUGGAGAGUGCCUCACAACAUCUGAGGCUGACUAGCUUUAGUGUGAGGGGGAGGUCCUGCCACGCACUACCACCACCACCACCACCACCACUGCCGGCCUCCUCAGGUGUGGUGUGAGGACUGUACAUACGCCUCACAGCACACUUGGUGGCCAGAAUGUAGCCAGUGGUGAUGUGUUGGGUGUGGGCAUGCAAAUGUUGCUGUGCUUGGGUGACAUCACCUGUUCCACCAGCAUGACCACCCUGGACCUCACAAACUCCUUAUUGUCUCCACCUCUCGUGUCCCUGGCAGGAGCAGCACCCCUGCAGGUCUGUGUUGCCCUGGGGUGCAGGGGGUGCAGCAGGGCAGGGUGUGCUGCUCUGGUCAGGGCUGCUGGGACCUGUUAUCUGAUGUCUGUUGUUGUACCAGAAAUUCCAUUGCAUUUGUAAUGCUCUACAAAGGGACUACAGAUCUCAGUGUAAUUUAGGGGACCAACCUGUUCUUUACUAUUUAUGUAUUUUAUUUAAAUUAUUUGUAUUGUGUUAUUUCUUCACUUGUUCCUUGUAUAAAUUGCUCUGUCCCCAGCUUCUGUCCACAUUAUACUUCCUGUGUUCAUAGGAGCCCUGUUCCUCCUCACCCGACGAGAGGAUGUUGAUGUGUGUCCUCGCCCUGCGGGGACACUGGCACCCGUCUGAGCCAACCCCUGCCAGGGAACAUUGGCUGCAAGGGGCCUGGGGACCUCUGCUGCCCUGCCAACUCACAGGAGUUCUGCAGUGAUGAGCACCAAGUUCAAAAAUUCAUUGUUUUUUUUUUUUUUUUUUUUUUUUUUUUUUUUUUUUUUUUUUUUUUUUUUUUUUUUUUAGCCAAAUUUCCCUGUUUGAUAGGGAAAACAAAACCUAGAGACUUUUAUUUAUUUAUUUAUACUUUAUCUCUCCUGGUGAGCCAGUGAACAUUUGCAUAACUCUGACCCUGUUCUUGUAGUCUUAAGAGUUGAAUGAGACUGUCACCAGGACUGCCCAGCCUGGGUAACCUCUGCCCUGAGGGUUGCAGGCCACAGGCAGAAUCACACCUUCCAGGAAAAAAAUAUCAGCAAAAAAUCAUGUAAAAAAAAAGUGGAAUUGUUGCUCCAAUCUGUGCAGUGUUUUGGUGACAGUCCUCUUUGACAUUUUGAAUGUAGGGAGAAAAAAAAAAGAUUAAGUACUUAGUAUCAGCCGGGACUGAAACAAACCUAUUUUGAGGAGAGUUCUUCACUAAUACAACUAUAGAGAACUUGUUUACUGAUUGUUAGGUCAAGAACCAACCCACAGAAGAAGUGCCGAACAAUACACGAUGAACAAAAUUUAAUGGGGAAAAGAUUCUCAGUAUGGGAAGGGAAACUUGUGAGGAGUGGGGCCCUGUGUGUGUGUGUGUGUGUGUGUGUGCGUGCAUGCGUGCGUGCGCAUGCUCGCGUGUGCACGCCUUCUUGUAAUAUCCUCUCCAUAUCUAUAUUUAUCCAGUCUUUCCUUUCAGUAAUCAUUUUUAAGUGUUAAAUAUAUUCCUUUGCAAAAUCACUAUUUCUUGGCAUUAUUUGUACAUCUAGUCUUAGUCUUCCACAGUUAAUUCUUGUUCCCUUAAAUUUUGUGUCUGUUUCAGUUCAAAUGUGAGAGAAAGAUUUCUGUUGUUUGGUUUUGGAUAUGAAGUGUGAUGCAAGUAAAGAUGUUAGUCACUGUUAGUGUGAAAUGAAUGCAAUUAGUGUACAGGGUCCCACUCUAACUCACUUAUCCAAGUGGCCAAUAUAAAUGAGAUUUGGAAUUCAACAAAAUAAGUGUUGGGGAGGGAGUGAGGGCUGGUAGUGGCAGAGGUGGUGGUGGUGAUGGUGGUGACUACUGCUGUGCCUUAAGUCUUCCUUCACCCACACAACUCUCCCUCUAGUGCCUUGGUGACACAUUAUGAGUACAACUGUAGAGGUGAUGCUUAUACUUCCCCCUCAGUGAGGGAGGAAGUGUGGGUAUGGCCUAUACCCAAUGACUGCCUCACUACCACCACUGCCUUGCCUGCCCACAGUAUCAUGCCUGCUGCCUGCCUCUUCCCCACCACGUCCCCCACCAGCGUUCUUCGUGGUGCCAAACUGUACAGAGCACAUUCUUAGUUUAAGCUAUUUUUCUACAGUUCACUGUUUGCAUUUCUCUGAUGAAGUCCUCUUUUUUAUUUAUUUUUUAUUCAUGUCUGGGACCAAGUUUCUAAGAGAACUUUUUAAUGUUUGAUAAUUUUUUUGUAGUUGACUUUUUGGUAGAUUAAAAUAAAAUUGGAAAAUUUUA